AUGGCGGUCGAUACCAUGAUAGUGCUGCCCGGUGACGAAGUCCCACAGGAUGCACUUCCAACGCCGACCGGCAAGAAGAAGCAACUCACAUUAGGUCCUGGACUGCGACACAUCCCACCAAGCACGGUCGCAAGUACCAUAGUUGGAGCUCUCGUUACCGACGACAAGAAAGUUGCAGCAUGGAUAGAGUCGAACAGCGGUCGCUACCUCCCCACCGCAGGCGACCUCGUCAUCGCAACCGUCCAAACCUCCACCGCGGAAGCCUUCAACUGUACACUCACCCCGCAUACUCCCUACGCCACCCUGCCACAUCUCGCCUUCGAAGGUGCUACGAAGAAAACACGCCCCCAACUUGCUCCAAAUUCCCUCGUCUACGCCCGUGUCGUAACCGCAACGAAAGACUUCGCGCCUGAGCUGACCUGCGUGGACCCUUCGACUGGAAAAAGCGAAGGCCUCGGUCCCAUCAAGGGCGGCAUGGUGUUCAAGAUUAGUCUAGGGAUGGCUCGGAGGAUGUUAGCGGGGUCGAAGGGAGGAGUAGUGCUGCUGGAGGCGCUGGGCGAGAAGUUGGGAUUUGAAAUUGCGGUGGGCAGGAACGGAGCUGUUGUUGUGGAUGGCGGUAAAGUGAAGAGCACGCUUGCGAUUGGGAAGGCUAUCCAGGAGGUGGAUGAGCAGGCGCUGGGGGAGAAGGCGCAGAAGAAGCUGGCGGAGCGUGUGUUGAAGAGUGUAUGA